GGGUGGAGGCGGGAGGAGGGAAGAGAGACUGUUCAGUGACCCUGCUUUCUCUCCCAGGUCCCCGAUUUGCUGAAGUGUCUUUCGAAAUGGCAGAAGGAAGGCAUGCAAAGCACUGCAGUCCUCUCCAGUCCUCCUCAGUCCUCCCCCAUCCUGGCCCUCGCUGCUCUCUGCUGCCCACUCCCCUCAGCCCUUCCCUCCUUCCAGCCACAAUCUCCACCUCUCUAACCUUCUCUACAGCAUCGUGGCAGAUUUUCUGACCUCAAAGGGGACAAACUGCUAGUCUUUGUUGUUUUGAGACAGACUCAUGGAGCCCAGGCUAGCCUGGAGCUCCUUAUAUCCCUGCUGGGAUUACAGCCUUGUGCCAGUGAGCCAUGCUUAUGUGGUGCUGGGGAUCAUACCAAGGACUUCAUGCAUGCUAGGCAAACAGUCUACCCGCUGAACUACAUCCAAAGAAGCAGACCGAUCAUCCCGACAUUCCGACCUCUGUCUUUUUCUCCGCGGCUCCCACAGACUGUCUUCCUCCUGACUCCACCCAGACGGUCAUGCUUGUCCCCCAGCUCCCCAGGGAGCAGAACGAGGCUGCUGCAGCCACACUGUGCACAGAGGGCAGUCUUGAUCACCAGCCACAGCUCGCCUCAGAGAUCCCCACUGACUGUUAGGUCUCUAACCACUGGUCUUGCCCAUCCCAUCCAUUUCCCUCCUGGAUUUAAGGCAAUGUUGCCUCAAAACAAGGACCAGGUGCUGCUACAGAACCCAGUAGCCCCAGGGUGGCCCCCUCUGGUCCUCUCACAGUUUGUGGACUCCCCUCCACCCAACGUAGCAUCUCUUCCCCAUCAGACCCUCCCUUCUUCCCACUUUCCUUUGCCCACCACCACACAGGCUGAUUGCUUCUCCUCUCUGACACACUCUCCUGGGCCUCCCUCCUCUGACUUUGUUCCUCUUCCUUCCUCUUCCUCUCUCCCAAGAUCCUCUUCGUGCUCUCGCCAAAACUAUAACUUAUUGUGGUGAAAAACUCCCCUCCCACACUCCCCCUCUCCCUCCAACUAUCAGCUCUGUGUGUGUGUCUCUCUCCCUCUUACUGGCUUUUCCUCUUCCAGCUACAAAACUCCUCACUCCUGCCAGUCCCCUUGCCUCCAGGAAGUUCAAAAUUCCAAGAUCCCUUCCCCCAGCCCAGCUCACCUUUCCGAGAGAUUCGGUACCAAGCAAGCAUGGCAGCGGCCUCAGUCCAGGAGCAUCAGAUCCUCUGCGAGAUCAGGGCGAUGUGUGCCAAGCAAGGUGGACCCUGCACAAUUCAAGGACCCAGGGGCCCUCGCCCAAGUCCUGGUGGCCGAUGUGGGGCACUGCAGAAUUGCAUGAGACCUGCAGCUAGAGUUUCUGCAGCGCCUGUGACUAGGCACAAGCGGCCCAGCCCCAGUCGUGGAGUACCCCGCACGAUGUCUACUGUGCCUCCAGCCCUGCACCCUAUCUUGCCCCACCCCCAAGUACAAGACUAUACCCCGGCUGCUUGCCUUCCCUCAACUACAGCCCCGUGCCCAGGGCCAGGAAUCUGGGCCUCUCCAGAUGGGCAGUGACUUCAGCCUCCUGCCUCAGGGCCAGGCCAAGGCUUUGCAUCUGCUGCCAAGAAAAAAAAAAAAUCUGAAGGGAGUAGUGUCUCAGGAAGAGGCCCUCCAAAGUCAAAGGCCAGCAACCUAGGCAUCAGUUCAAAUCACUGGCACACUCUUGCAGGCCGGGAGCCUCCAAUCUGUACAUCUUCAAUCACUAAUACCCAUCAAGUGUUCCAGGUCUCUACUUCAGGAGCAAAGACAGGCCACUGUGUCCCCAAAGCAAGUCUCCAUCUCAAAGAGGUCUGUGUCUCGAGGGUCUAUUCCCCGAAAGUCGCCAUCUUAACUCCAGAGCAGCAGAGACUCUCUGGAAACCCCCCCCCCCCAAACUCCAUCCUCCCUACCAGAACGUCUCAGACUUUGGGGAGGAAUAGACACCUUGAAGGGCUGGCUGGCCGGCCUUGUGGAGUCUGCUCUCCUCUAGUUGAAGAGACCAGAGACACCCAAGGCCUCAUGCAGCCUUCAGUGUAUUCAAUAAAGCCUAACCCUGAGGAUCUUGUGUUUGUGUCUA